GAUCCACCCACCUUGGCCUCCCAAAGUGCUAGGAUUACAGGUUUGAGCCACCAUGCCCAUUCUAGUUUAAACUUCUGAGUGGUUUAUGUCUCCUGAUUGGACUCCUACAAAUACAGAAUUGAUGCUAGGAAGGAUACCAGGAGAUAGACCCACACAGAUGGGAUUUGGGCAUGGGUUUGGUUAUCCACGGAGCAGUGCUGAGCUCCUUGCCAGUGGGACAUGGGAUGCUGGUGAUUUCCAGGAACUGACCUCACAAUGACUCAAGCUACCACUUACUGUUGAUUGUGAUGAAAUGCCACCUGAGGCAUAUGCCGUGUGAGCUUAGGGGUGCUACAUUUGACCAUGAUGGCAGUAAAGAUGACUCUGAAGAAUGGCAUGGGAUGGAUCCUUUGAAUGCACUCAAGCAGGGGUCUCCAACCACAGGGCCACAGAGCCAGAGCUGGAUCUACCAUGAAAGACUUCAGAAUCCAGGAAGAGAGACUGACUGGGCAACAUGUUAUUCAGGGUCUUGCUCCAUUGUCCAGGCUGGAGUGUAGUGGUGCCAUCACAGCUGACCGUAACCUCAACCUCGCAGGCUCAAGCGAUCCUCGCACCUCAGCCUUCCAAGUGGCUGAGACUAUAGAUGCUUGCUACUAUGCCCAACUAAUACUUGGACUUUUCCUAUAUGUGGGUCCUAGAGGGCUGAAUGUGAAACCUCAGAUGGGACCGUCUUGUUGCAGGAAAACAAGCUUAACAUGCCCACUGAUUCUAUGUUAUGCUGCUGCCUCCUGGCAGCCUCUCCAGAUCCAGAACUUUCUCCAGUCGGCCUCUACGGGUCAAGCUCAUGGCUCACAAUGGCCUAUUUAGGCCCAUACCCUACCUCAUGACAGCCUCCACAGGCCCAGCUCCAUCAUUACAACGGCCUCUUGAGGCCCAGCUCCUGCCUCCCAGCCUUCUCUCCAGGCCCAGAACUUUCUCAAGUCGACCUCACCAGGCCCAGCUACUGCCUCUCAUCAGCCUCCCAAGGGCCAGCUUUUGCUUCACAGCCACCUUCCAAAACUCAGCUCCUGUUUUACAGUGGCCUUUUGAGACUCACCUUCUGUCUCCUGGCAGCCUGUACGGGCCUAGCUCCUGCUGUACAACAGCCUCUUUAGUCCCCCCAGCUCCUGCCUCUGGGCGGCCUAUACAGGCCCAAAAUGUUCACAAGUCGGCCCCUCAAGGCCCAGCUCCUGCCUUCCAUCAGCCUCUCCAGGCCCAGCUGCUGCCUCCAGGUGGCCUCUACAGGCCAAACUCUUUCUCCUGGCUGUGUCUGGAGGCCCAACUCCUGCCUCACAACAACCUCUUUUGGCUCAGCUCCUGCCCAGCUCCUGGUGGCCUUUGUAGGCCCAAAACUGCCCCAAGUCAAGUUCUCCAGACCCACUUCUGCCUCCCAAUGGCCUGGACAGGCCCAGCUCCUGUGCGACAAUGGCCUCUCCAGGCCCAGCUCUUGCCUCCCAGCGGACUCUCCAGGCCCAGCUUUUGCCUCACAGAGGUCUUCCCCGAACAAGUUUCUACCUGCCUCCUGGCAGCCUCUACAGGCCCAGGUCCUGCCUCACACUAACCUCAUUAUGCCCAGCUCAUGCCUCAUGGCAGCAUCCUUAGGCCCAGCUCCUGCGCCCAACAGGCUGUCCAGGCCCAAAACUUCCUCAAGUCCCCUCUUCAGGCAUAGCUCCUGCCUAACACUGGCCUCUUUAGGCACAGCUCUUGCUUCUCAGUGGCCUCGCCAGGCCCAGCACCUGCAUCCCGCUGGCUUCUCCAGGCCAAGAAUUUUCUCAAGUCUGCCAUUCCAGCCCGAACUCCUGCCUCCCAUCGGCCUCUACAGGUCCAACCUCUGCCUCACAGCAGACUCUCCAGGCCCAGCAUCUGCCUCACCACAGCCCCCCAGGCCAAGCUCCUGCCUUUCGGCAGCUUCUACAGGCCUAGCUCCUGCCUCCCAGUGGCCUCUCUAGGCCAAGCUCAUGCCUCACGGUGGCCAUUCUGGCCCAGCUUUUGCCUUUUGGCAGCCUCUCUAGGCCCAGAACUUCCACAAGUGAGCCUCUCCAGGCCCAGCUCUUCCUCCUGGCUGGAUCUCCAGGCCCACCUCCUGCUUCACAACUUCUUUCGGCUCAGCUCCUGCCCGGCUCCUGGAGGUCU